AAUUUCGCAGCAGUUAUGUCAUGUUCACAGACCGUGAGUGAAAUCCAAAUUAUUUUACCCACAUUUCCACUGCGAGUCGGUGUUGAUGGAUGUAGAGCUGCUCCGGGAAUAACUACAACGGUCGAAACAGGUAAAUAUCAUAAUUUGCGGUUGGCAGUCGACACUCGACCUGUUACUGACGGUGCGACGUUUAAAAUGAAGAAAAGUACCAUUUUUUGCGUAUUGACACUGGCGACCCUGUUAGCCCCUUGCCAAUCCGGCGUCUGGUAUGAUAACCCAUUCGGCGCAGGUCCCCCUAACAUAUACGAUUUCGUUGGCAAGAAAAUCUCAGGAAAGAAUGUAGUGAUGGACGUUUACAUUGGUAAGCUGUUAAUAUUUGUCAAUAUACCACCGCUCGAAUGUCCAUACGUAUCUUCUUUUCUCGACGAAUUGAAUCAAAUGCAGAUUUAUUAUUACGAUCGAGGGUUAAGAGUUCUUGCUUUCCAAAGCUUCGAGUUUGGAUGCGAUGGAAAUAGUUAUCGUUUACCUUCUGAUAAAAUGGUUAAAAGAAAAAAAUACAAAUUUGAAAUUUUUAAACCAGUUUAUGUCAAUGGAUUAAGUGGAGAUCGAUUAUGGAGUUAUUUCCGAAUGGUUACAGGAAACAAUUUUUUUUCUUAUGAUAUAAUAUGGAAUUACACCAAAUUUGUUGUAAACAGAAAUGGAGUGGUCGUCGAGAGACUUGAGCCUGAAGUAACGGCAAAGGAAUUGGAAAAAAUAAUGUUGAAAUACUUAUAAAAACAUUUUAUCAGUACAUUUAUACUUUAUUAAUAUAAUCAUUUAUUCCAUUGUACCUCAAUUUAUCAAUUCGAGUUGAGUGAUUAAAUCAUGUUCGACAGAGCAGCAAAGCUGCAAAUACCAUGAAUUGAAAUAAAGAAUUAUUUUUGUUCAUAAUUGAUUGUGAUUUUUAAAUUUAAUAUCAAAAAAACAAUAUUAUAAAAUA